AUGAUGAUCCGCGCCGGACGCGACAACCGCGACAUCAUGCAGUGCGUGCAGUGUUCGCUGAACACGGUGAAGGCGAUCCGGAGUGAGCUGGGAGAAAACAGCGACGACGACGAAGCGGUGGCAGCACGAAAACCACAUUCUCAGCGGCGGGAUUGCGUGCGGACCGGCGCUUUCCUGGCUGACCUCCAGGCGCGCGUGAAGGAAAAUCCGGGGAUCGGAAUUCGGCCGUUGGCACGUCAGAUGGGGGUGGCACCAUCCACAAUGAAAUUGGCCCUGAAUGACGCAGCCCCGAAACAGAAGGCCACCAAGCCAGCCAAGGCAGCGGCAGCUGCCAAGCCGAAGGCACCGAAGCCAAAGAAGGCCGCAGCUCCGGCCAAGAAGGCGGCCGCUCCGAAGAAGGCCGCUGCGCCAAAGAAAGUCGCAGCCCCCAAGAAGGCAGCAGCCAAGAAGUAA